AUGCUUACCAUCGAUUCACCUCCACCACCGCCACCACCUUUAAGACCAGUUAAUACAACUACACCCACUACGGCAGCCAGCUCCGGUUCCUUAUAUCAUAUUUGUCGUUCAGUGCUAGAUAAAUUAUCAACAGUUGAAGGAAUGGCAAAUUAUUUGGAUUGCGAUACGACCGAUCCAUUGACUAAAUUGACGCUCAUUUGUCGUCAAGGAUUUCCGUUAUGUACACUCUAUAACGCCUUGAAUCCUGUCACUUUACUAAAUGUAGAAAGUGAUCCGAAUCUGAAUGCAAUAAAUUCUUGCAAAGCAUACGUUUACCAUUUUAUUGUUGCUUGCCGAAAAGAUUUAUUAUUUCCAGAAGAAGACAUGUUUACUAUUUCCGACCUUUAUCAAAAUGACACCAAUGGAUUUGUAAAGGUUGUUAAUACCAUUAAUAAAUUAUUGCAAUUAUUGGAAAAUCGCGGAAUCAUUACCGUCCGAUCCACCAAUAGAAAUUCAGAUCCAAAUGCUCCCAAAAAUACGCGCGAUAAAGUUGUUUUAGAGUUGUUGGAAACAGAGCGAAAAUAUGUUCAGGACAUGGAAACCCUUCAAAAUUACAUGCGUGAAUUGCAGAUACAAAAAGUAGUUUCCCCUGAUACUAUUCAUUAUUUAUUUGGAAAUUUAAAUGCUCUUGUUGAUUUCCAACGUCGAUUUUUGAUUCAACUUGAAGAGAUUGCCGAAAAAUCUCCUCAAGAACAAAGAAUCGGCUUAUUAUUCCUUCAAAUGGAAGAAUCCUUCUCUGUUUAUGAACCUUAUUGCGCAAACUAUUUCCCUGCUCAAGAUCUUGUCGUUCAAGAGACUCCUCGACUACAAAAAUUGGGCCACAUCUUGGACCCAAGCUAUCAAUUACCUUCGCUCUUAAUUAAACCAGUUCAACGUAUUUGCAAAUACCCCCUCUUGUUGAAAGAGAUCUUGAAGAGUACAGAUAAAGAUUGGCAAUAUUACGGAGAAGCACAAGACAGUGUCGAUGCCAUUAAGAGAGUCACCGAAAAAGUUAACGAGACCCAACGUCAGCACGAAAAUGUUCAAGCAGUGCAAGACUUGAAGAAACGAUUGGAUGAAACCAAAGAAGCAACCAUCGACGCUUAUGGCAGUUUGCUCUUACAAGAUAAAUUAUUUGUAAACACAAAUGCUAUGGAUGAACGUGAAUUGCAUGUCUUCUUUUUCGAACAAGCUCUCUUAUUCUGUAAAGAAUCAAAAGGCAGUAACUUAUUGCAGAAGAGUAACACUUUAUCCAUCAACAAAAAAAAACGUCGUGGUAGCCUCGUUCCCAAAUUCUUUUCUCAGAUAUCCAAAAUGACAGACUUGACCACCCGCUGUCGAAAUGGUACUUGGUGUCUUACCAUUGAUCUGAAAGACGAUACAAUGACCGAAGUCUGUAUGAAGUUCAGAAAUGAAGAGCAAAUGAAAAUGUGGUUAAAUACCUUAACCAAGUCCAUCCACAAGGCAACUGAUUCUGAAAUUAUGCAAUUGUCGACUCCGUUCAAUGAAUUACUUGAUGAUGAAGACGAUGAUGAAUUUUAUGACGACGAAGAGGACGACGAAUUCGCCCCAACUCUCGUAUCAAACAGAUCCCGUAGUAGUUCCUUCAAUAAUCAUCAUCAGCAACCCAUGAUUCGAAGUAUCCAACAAGAUAUCAAGUACAAUAAUGGUCGACCUCAUCAUAAUGUACCUGGUAUGAAUCUUUCUCCUUUGCCUCGUUCAAACUCAAGUUUAACAACUAGUAAUCUCUCUACUUCUCCACCAUCAGCGAUGAAUUAUUCUUAUUAUCCUGCAUCUCCACCCCCCUCCCACCCAUCCUCUCCAACUAGUUCAUCUCGUAUUUCAAGUACCAGUACCAGUUCAACUACUUGGCACUCUAACAGCAAUACAUUGAUCGAUGUAGCGUCAAGUUUCAUGACAAACGAAUGCUCUGAUGAUUACAACCAACAUUACGUUCAUUCAUUACUAUCUUCUACUGGUCGUUCUCAAUCGCAGAAUGUUGCUAUGGAAACAAGUCGUACGCGCACUGCUUUGUCCGUAAAUCAAAACAGAUCCAGAUCUCAAAGUAGUCCAAAUAUCAUGAAGAACAAUGUUCCCAUUGUGAUGACACCAUCAGAAUCGUUGCCUCAAGUUCCCAACCGAAAUCAUAAGCCCACCCCGCUUGAUUUAUCGCGACAAGAAUCCAAGCAUUAUGUCCGUAAUGUUGCAUCGACUCCACGUUUAACAGAUAUUGCUUUAACACAUGGAGCACCACCUUCACCCGGAACCAUCAAAAUCAAGCUUAAUUACAAUGAUGGCAUCUACGUUAUUGUUACCAACAACGAAGUUACCUUUUUCGAAUUGAUGGAGAAGGUUGAUAAGAAGAUACGUCUUGUUGGUAAUUUGAAACAGAACGACUUGUUACGAUUGAAAUAUCAAGACGAAGACUGCGAUUUUAUCACCAUCAGUUCGAACGACGAUGUCCAGAUGGCCUUCGAAAGUCGUGGAGAUAAUAACACUGUCAAUUUAUUUGUCAACUUGUAA